AUGCAGGAGCAGCUGAGGCCUAAUCAAAAACCAUUGAAGCUACAAAUGGACGUAGUGACCAGAUGGAACAGUACCCUGGACAUGAUUGAGAGGAUUUGCUUACUUCAAGAACCUUUAGAAGCGUCUCUUGGAAUCCUACAUAAUCCAGUAGAAAAUCUUUUGGAAGCUGAAUGGCAGACACUGCCAGAAAUAAUAAAAAUUCUGAAGCCAUUCAAGCAACUCACUGAAGAAAUGUCUUCAGAAAGAAAAGUUACUGUUUCAAUGAUCCUAGCUUCGACAGAAAGUAUGCUUAGUAUUUUGUACAAUUUAGAAACAAAUAUUAUUACAGAUACUGGGAAAAAACUGGCAAAUAAAAUUUUAACAGAAUUUAAAAUUAGGUUUAAGAAUUGUUACAGGCACCCAGUGUUAUCUAAAGCAGCAUUGUUAGACCCGCGUUUUAAGUAG